GUUAGUCGUGAUUGACGUGAAAAUAGCCUAAUCACGGCGAAAUUCACACAAUUCUAUCCAAUGAAAUUCUGACAGAGGCGUGGCCCUACUGUUUUCUUCAUUCUGGACCGUGAGUUGGUUUGUUGUCAAGAUGGAGUUCUUACUGGGAAACCCAUAUAGCACUCCGGUGGGGCAGUGUAUUGAGAAAGCCACCGAUGGCUCUCUUCAGAGUGAGGAUUGGUCACUGAACAUGGAAAUAUGUGACAUCAUCAAUGAAACAGAGGACGGCCCAAAGGAUGCUAUAAGAGCUGUUAAAAAGAGGCUGAAUGGGAAUAGAAACUACAAAGAAGUGAUGCUGACCUUAACGGUCCUUGAGACAUGUGUCAAAAACUGUGGCUUUCGUUUCCAUGCCCUUGUCACAACACGUGACUUCAUUGAUGGCGUCCUUGUGAAAAUCAUUUCGCCCAAAAACAACCCUCCCACCAUCGUGCAAGACAAAGUGCUCGCCCUCAUCCAGGCUUGGGCAGAUGCGUUCAGGAGUAGUCCCGACCUGACAGGCGUGGUCCACGUCUACGAGGAGCUGAAGAGGAAAGGCAUCGAGUUCCCCAUGUCCGAGCUGGAGUCCCUGUCUCCCAUCCACACGCCACAGCGGCUACAAACUGCACCUGAGGGGGACCAAUUACUGCAGAAGUACAGCACCCCGCCGCAGCCCAAGCCUCAGCCGCUCGGCGGCCCCGCACCGCCCUUCACCGCCCCGCCCUUCACCGCCCCGCCGCCGGUGCACACCGCCCCGCAGAUCCCCAACAUGCACGUGGCCGGACCCAUCACCCCCAACCCCGAACAGAUUUGUCGGCUGCGCAGCGAGUUGGACAUUGUACGUGGGAACAUUAAGGUGAUGUCAGAGAUGCUGACUGAGAUGGUGCCAGGACAGGAAGACCCAUCUGAUCAUGAGCUGCUUCAGGAGCUGAACCGCACAUGCAGGGCCAUGCAACAGAGGAUCGUGGAGCUCAUCUCACGCGUGUCCAACGAGGAGGUGACCGAAGAGCUGCUGCACGUCAACGACGACCUCAACAACAUCUUCCUCAGAUACGAAAGAUAUGAGAGGUUCAGGUCAGGCCGAACUGCCCAGGGAAUCAACAACGGAGUUCUGAGUGAGGCCACGGAGGAUAAUCUGAUAGACCUGGGCCCUGGCUCCCCUGCUGUGGUCACUCCCAUGGUCAACGCUACGCCGCCCUCCAGCCUGCCUGCCAGCCUGCCCGCCUCUGUGGCCCCUGCCCGCUCCGCCUCCCCGGCCUCCCUCGCUUCCAAACUGGCCGUGCUAGAUGUGGGCGGGGACAGUGUGACUGGCACACUCAGUGCCCUCAGCCAGCCGCAGGACGACUUUGACAUGUUUGCCCAGACCAGGACUGGCACGGCGCCCGAACAGCGCAACAACCCGCCGCCGCCGUUUGAAGACCCUCAGGCCGUCGGCGAGCAGGCCCCCACUCUGGAGGUUAAGCAGCAGACGCAUGCAGGGGGCCCCGCAGCACAGUCCUCUGUCAUGGACGAUAUAGAGGAGUGGCUCUGUACCGACGUGCGAGGAGACGAAGCUGAGGAGGGAGUGACCAGUGAAGAGUUCGACAAGUUUCUGGAGGAGCGAGCCAAGGCGGCAGAGAUGGUGCCCACCUUACCAUCGCCCCCUAGUGGCGACCUCCCGCCGGUGGCGACGGCGGCGGCUGCCAGCUCCACCCCAAGUGCCGGCAAGAAGGCCGAGCGGCCUGCCGUGGACGCCCUGUUUACCAUGUAGACGCCCCUGACCCCCACCCACCCAAUCCCCUCCGCCGCAACUCUGCACACCCGGUCAACUCCGUGGCAGGUCUCGCGCCAACAUAACACCGCACCGCACCUCAACCCUGACCACCCCCCGCCCUCCACCCCAGAGGCCUCCACCCUCUCGCUGACCCCACUCUACCCCACUCUCCACUCUCCACUCUCCACUCUCCACAAGAUGGCCGUCCCUGCUGCUGCGUCCACUCACACUACCGGCCACUGGGACUACUUUUGGCUACUUUUACGAUGAAGGGAACCCAUAGACAUUUUCAUACCUCCGUUUUAUUUUUGUUUUAUUCAUACACACUUUCAGAGACAGCUCAAUUGAUUCCUCAUCAAUUGAUACCUAAAAGAAAUGGAAUACAAACGGAACAAGGCUGUACAUGAUGUUGAUGAUGUUACAUACCUUCUUGUGGCAGAACACUUUUUAGUUUCCAUUUGUCCUUGAAGCAAUAUUUGACUUGAACAAAUUCCUCCGCGUACAUCAAAGAUGACAUUACUCGGCUUAUUUCAAAUCUGCAGUGGCACGUUUCUGAAAAGGGAAGUAGAUCAGUGUCAUCAUAAGAGUUGAACCCACCAUGCCAUCAUUGGAUUAAGUAAUCUUAAGUAGUGCACAGAAUCUCUAUUUUCAAUGCUGUUUAUAGAAAACAAAAGUCAUAUUUCAGCAUCUGUUAUCCAAACACAGCUAGGUUAGUAAGCUCACCCAACACGAGACUGUAGCCAACACUAGAUGGUGGCUACAGUUAUUUGUGUAACAUUAUUUUGUUGGAGUUUGAUUAACCAAAUGGUGGUCACCUGUAAUUCCAGCUGCAUUUUGCGCUCAUCUACCACUGCGUUUUAAAAGGGAAAUGGCUUUUUGCGCCGAUAUUCUGUGGAAUAUUGCUUCAAGGUACACUUGACCGAGGCUAUCAUACAGUCUAUUGUAUGUCUUCUGAAAUGGGAAGUGGUUUCAACCGCCAGCUGCCCACGUCAGUCACACCUUGCAUGCCUCCGCGGCUCAAUCAGUCAGUAUAUUCUCAAUCCCCCACAGUGACCUGGGUGGUGUUGUUAUAUAUUAUGAGGUUUACGUUUCGGGGUUGUAGUACGUCUCUAAACUCCCCGGUUGAGUUUCUCCCUUUUCGUAGUGCAUUUUCGUCACCAGUUUUGUGAUCUCCGUAAAAACCCCAUUCUAGUUAUAGCUUCAUAAGAAAACUGGUUGCUGUGUUGGUCUAUGGUUUGCCGAUAUUUCCUUUUAAAAAACGUUUGUAGAAAAACCUUCUCCGUUUUUGAUUCUCACCCUUUCAGCUGUUUUGAAUAGGAUUAAUGGUGGUGUUGGUAUCUGUAGUUGGAACUAGGGGGAAAAAAGGUGUCAUUCUGUCGUCUGACAAAAUAAGGGAAUGCCAUUGUUGGAGCAAAGGGAGAUAACGGUGUUUUUCUGUUCCCCUCUUUUUAUACAAAGGCAGAGAGAGCGAAUCUCUUUAGAUGCUGUGGAACUUCUCCAUGUGAUUGUUUUACCUCACAGAGACGGGUAUAACACGAAGGAACAAGAGGAGAGGAAGAGGGAUGUGUAUGUGCGUGUGCGUUGCCCUUGGUAACCCCUCCCACAUGCCGCAAUUUGUACAUACAGGAUAUUUAAGGUAGCAGGCUGUUUAACGGCACGCAAGUCAUCUAUGAGCUAAUCCAUGCACAAUAAUUUUUGAGUUGUAUAACAUAGGGAAAAACAUGAUCAGUAUACUUUAAUGGGAACCUUACCAGCGAUGUUGACUGGUACAAAUGCGGUGCACUGAGACGAUUCUAUUUAUUGAAAUGCCACAAGAGUGCUGGAACAAUGGAAUAUAGUGUUUGCUAGCAAUUUAGUGCUGAGAAGCCACUAAAAUCCUGAAAGUUGGAAUGGUGUACAGGUUGUAAUUGAACUUGAACUCCCACAUCUGUAUACUGUAAAAUACGUCAAAUACAUUUGGAAGGUCCUUGAGGCGAGGACCUGCCGUUCCCACAGGUACCUCGGGCUAGUCACCCUUCUGAAUGCCCAUGUGCAGUGAGUGGAGCCCUACAGAACAAAUGGACCAAACCAUGGAACUAUGGAACAUAGUUGGCUGUUUGAAUGUUUCAAAAGACCAAUUGGUGUGGUAUUAUUUCCAGAUACUCUACACUUUAAAUCCAGUUGAGUUGCUGCUUAUCAAUCUCGUCUGAUCUGUCUGAUUUGCCACGUUUGAUUGAGGAAGAAUCCCGUAGGAAAACUUUUUCUAUCGAGGCCACGUGUUUGGCUGCUUUGGUUUGUUUGAAAUGGUUCACACAACACCGUGGAUGUCCAACACAUGUCCCUUUUAUUGUGGCUGAUUUCUACUCGUCAGACUCCGGACGCACUUCAGGCAGAUUCAUUGGUAUAUUAACUGUUGAGAUUUAUUGUUUCCAGUCAUUCAUUCAUUCAUAACUCGUUCUUGGUAUAUUCUGACACUAAAUUGAUUUCUUUUAGAUGCACAAUCAGGGUUGGCUACGACCCUUGCUGGAAGGUGCAUAUUGCUCAGUGUUUGACCAUAUUACUGCACUUUUUUGCUGUUAGCUGGAUUACUUUAAAAGCAGGAAACUCUAAACAACUCACACUUAUGUUGUUCCCAUUAGAAGGAAACAAUUGGUUGGGAUACUGUAAAAUCUUUUAAUUUGAGAAUGUAGAAAUAAUUUAUUGCAUUUUACUUAUUGUUAUUAUGGAGUGUCUUAUGGUAUGUAUGUGGGAUGUGUUUGUCAACUGUAAAGAAUAUUUUAAGUCUGUGUGUGCGUGUAUGCAAGCAAUGUUAUCUGCAUCAUUUUCUUUUUGCUGGACCCAGUCACUACAAAUUUCAAUAUGAAAAUUCCUGAGCUUUUGUAAACUGUAUAUGUGGGCAGUUGGUUUGUCAUGUUUCUUUUUUUCUUCCCCCCCCACCUUUGCCACCAUUUUGGUUAAAUAAGGCAAUUCGUCCAGGUUGUCAGUGCUGGCUUUUUACCUGACAUGAUCAUCAAAAGCAAAAUCCCAUGGCAUUUAGGUCCACCCGAGGCCAUGUACCGCAUUUGUUUGGCCGGUCAGAACUCGGAAAUUGCGUUUGUCAUUCCCCCUCGUCCUCGCCCGCUAGUCCUGUCCAGCUCUACCUGCCAGAGCCCCCCUUUUUUUUUGUACUCGCCAGGCAACAGCCAUCUGGUUGAAGCAGAGAGAGCCUGCACAUACACUCGAGCACAAGUGCUCCAGUAAUGAACGGACACUGCUGCUGCUGCUGCUGCUGCUGCUGUUGUUGUUGUUGUGGGAGGGAGGGGUGGGGGGGGGUUAACUCGGACACACUAGAAAUCUCAAGUACCUCAUUGGACGGUGGGUCACUUUUGUACUUAAUGCUGUAUGGGGGCUCCAGCGCAGGCCUUGGCCGUUGUGAAGGGAGUGAGGUUAACGAGGACUCGGGGCCGCUGAAAUGUCAUGGCGUUAGACAUCAUGAAGGGAUCCCUUUUGACUGUGACCGUGUUGCAUGUGCCGGCCUCCACAGAGCUCCACCACAUGUUGGACUGUGGCGAGAGCUGUGUUUGGUAACGCAGCCGUCACUGAAGCUGUGUGUGUGUCUGUGUGUGUGUGUGAGUGUGUGUGUGUAUGUAUGUGUGUAUGUGUGUGAGGCGUGCUUGCGUGUGUAUUUGUGUGUGUGUGUGUGUGUGUGUGCUCCCUUGCUGUUGCCUCAAGUUUCUUUCUCUCUCUCUCUCUCUCUGCCAUUUGACUCAUGCAUGUGUUGAACUCCAAUAAAACAUUAGCAGAUGCUGA